CGAGAGAAAAGUUGAGUUGGGUUAUAUUAAGAAUUAGAAAAAUGUCACUGUUCCGCCAUGGAAGGUAGGAGAAAGCUGUCGGGGUUGGCAAUCAAUGCCCCCACCAACAUCUACCAGUUCCCAUUAAUUACGCCUCCUUCACCCUCAAAUCUCAUCCCCCGAAAUUUCCACCCAUCAUACGAUUCGCGAGCUUCAGAUUCUUUCCAAGGCUCAAUCCGCAUGUUUUCGCCGCUUUUUCUUCUCCCCCGAAUCUUCUCAGUCCAACUCACGCACUUCCCAUUUCUUCCGUAUUGAUAUUUAUACAUACUUGUUGGCCGGGAAAACAGAGGGCGGCGGCGAUGGAGAUCGAGGCGAGCAAGGCGGCGGCUGGAGGAGUGGGGUUGAGUCCUUUGAGCGAGACGCUAUGGCGGGAGAAGGCGAAAACGGAGAUCGUUAGGGAUGUAUCGGCGAGGCUGACUUGGAAGGAUCUGACGGUGAUGGUGAGUUUGAGCAACGGAGAAGUUCAGAAUGUUUUGGAGAAAUUGACUGGUUAUGCUGAGCCUGGAACUUUCACUGCUCUAAUGGGGCCUUCUGGUUCCGGCAAAUCCACGCUCCUCGACGCUCUCUCCAGCCGCCUGGCCGCUAAUGCCUUCCUCUCCGGUACCAUUCUCCUCAAUGGCCGCAAAACUAAGCUCUCCUUCGGCGCUGCGGCGUACGUGACGCAAGACGACAAUUUAAUCGGGACAUUGACGGUGCGGGAGACGGUAGCCUACUCGGCGAGGCUUCGUCUCCCCGAUAAGAUGCGAUGGUCGGAGAAACGCGCUUUGAUCGAGAGCACCAUUAUCGAGAUGGGCCUGCAAGAUUGCGCAGAUACGGUCAUCGGGAACUGGCAUCUGCGCGGAAUCAGCGGUGGCGAGAAGCGGCGGGUCAGUAUCGCCAUUGAGAUUCUGAUGAGACCUCGAUUGCUCUUCCUCGAUGAACCCACCAGCGGACUCGACAGUGCUUCCGCGUUCUUCGUGACUCAAACGCUGCGAGCUCUAUCGAGGGAUGGAAGAACGGUCAUCGCUUCUAUUCAUCAGCCGAGCAGUGAAGUUUUUGAACUGUUUGAUCAACUUUACUUGCUUUCGGGAGGGAAAACUGUGUAUUUCGGUCAAGCUUCAGAGGCUUAUGAGUUCUUUGCUCAAGCUGGCUUUCCCUGCCCUGCUUUGAGGAACCCUUCCGACCAUUUUCUUAGAUGCAUCAAUUCAGACUUUGAUAAAGUCAAGGCCACACUCAAAGGUUCUAUGAAACUAAGGUUUGAAUCUAGUGAUGACCCUUUGGAGAGGAUCAGCACAGCGGAAGCAAUUCGAACUCUUAUCGACUUCUAUCGUUCAUCACAACACUGCUAUGCAGCAAGAGAAAAAGUUGAGGAGAUAUCAAAAUUUAAAGGAACCGUGUUAGAUUCGGGAGGGAGUGAAGCUAGUUUCUUUAUGCAGGCCUUUACAUUAACUAAGCGUUCCUUUGUCAACAUGUCGAGGGACUUCGGAUAUUACUGGCUCAGGCUUGUAAUUUAUGUUGUAGUAACGAUCUGCAUCGGAACCAUCUAUCUCAAUGUUGGGACAGGCUAUAACUCCAUUCUGGCAAGGGGAUCUUGUGCGUCUUUCGUCUUUGGUUUUGUUACAUUCAUGUCGAUUGGAGGAUUUCCUUCAUUUGCAGAGGAUAUGAAGGUUUUCCAUAGGGAGAGAUUGAAUGGUCAUUAUGGAGUUGGUUCGUUUGUCAUCAGUAACACAAUCUCAGCGAUGCCGUAUCUUAUUCUCAUCACCUUCCUUUCUGGAACUAUAUGUUACUUCAUGGUUCGCCUCCAUCCCGGCUUUGAGCAUUAUCUGUUCUUCGUGCUGUGCCUUUACGCGAGUGUCACUGUAGUUGAGAGCUUGAUGAUGGCAAUUGCCAGUGUUGUCCCCAACUUCCUUAUGGGCAUUAUCAUUGGUGCUGGAAUUCAGGGUAUUUUCAUGCUGGUUUCUGGAUACUUUAGGCUACCGAACGACAUUCCGAAGCCAUUCUGGCGGUAUCCGAUGUCAUAUAUCAGCUUCCAUUUCUGGGCUUUGCAGGGUCAGUACCAGAACGAUCUACUAGGACUGCUGUUUGAUAACCAGACGCCAGAUCUUCCAAAGUUACCGGGCGAGUACAUCCUACGAGUGGUGUUUCAGAUCGACUUGAACCGAUCGAAAUGGGUGAACCUCAGUGUCCUUUUCAGCAUGAUAGUAAUCUACCGCAUCAUCUUCGUCAUCACGAUCAAGAUCAACGAAGACGUGACUCCCUGGAUAAGAGGAUACAUCGCAAGGAGAAGAAUGCAGCAGAAAAACGGAGUCGUAAACACAACAGUCGCCCCGGAUGGUCUCACUCAGUCCCCUUCCUUGAGGAGUUACGUUGCCAACCGUACGACGAGAACUAGUAGGAGGUAAAAGGCGUUGCAGUUAACGGUAUCAAGUUGGUUAUGAUGUUAAUAUGACAAGAGUUGGCCAGUUUUAGUCUAGUG